CCUCCCAGGGGCAGUAAAGUUGAGAGGGUGGGAAUAGGAUGGGUUGUGCUGCUGCUCCAAACCUUUCUAAAGUUCAGAAACUUUAGCACAGCCUGUGACAGUAUCGCAUCUGAUCCUCUCUGCUGAUUUGAAGAGAUGUCUGAGUUAGGCCCCAUUGACAAUCCGGUGAAGUUCAAAGAUCAAGACUAUGACGCCCUGCUGCAGAAGUGCCUCAAAACUGCUGCUCUGUUCUCUGACACGGUGUUUGCAGCGAACCAAAGCUCCCUCGGUAUUCCAGUGGAUCCUGAUCCUAAAAAGGGAGUGAAGUGGCUGCGCCCAAAGGAAAUCACAAGUAAUGCUGUCUUUGUUGAGGGCACCAUGGGCACCACCGAUAUCUGCCAGGGCCAGCUGGGUAACUGCUGGCUGUUGGCGGCCCUGUCCUGUCUUACCAUGCACCCGCAACUGUUUGUGAAAGUGGUUCCAUCUGGACAAAGCCUGAGUGAAUCCUAUGCUGGCAUCUUUCGUUUUAGGUUCUGGCAGUAUGGUGAGUGGGUGGAGGUGGUAGUGGAUGACAGGCUGCCUGUGAGAGAGGGCCGUCUGCUUUUCAGCUACUCUCGCACCACCAACGAGUUCUGGAGCGCCCUGGUGGAGAAAGCUUAUGCCAAGUUGAUUGGUUCUUAUGGCAGUCUGAAAGGGGGAAUUAUCUCAGAAGGAAUGGAGGAUUUUACGGGGGGCAUUGCCUACUCCCUCCCCGUGUCUUCUCGGCCCCCACGCAUGCUCUGGAGGGCCAUCACUGCUGCCCUGGCUAGGAGCAGCCUGCUUAGCUGCUUCAUACAUGCUGCGAGUGUCAAGGAGAUUGGCACUGUGACAUCAGAGGGUCUUGUCAAAGGUCAUGCAUAUGCCAUCACUGAUACAGAUAAGGUCCAGAGAGUGUCUGAAGAGGUCUUACUGCUGAGGCUGCGUAACCCCUGGGGCUUUGUUGAGUACUGUGGACCCUGGAGUGACAAGUGUAAAGACUGGGAUGUUAUAGAUAAUGCUCAGAAGGCCAGACUUGCGUUGGCAAAAGUUGAAGAUGGAGAAUUCUGGAUUGGAAUAGAAGACUUUUGUCGGCUGUUUAAUACAGUGGAAAUGUGCAGUGUGAAUCCGGACUCUAUGUCAGGGGAGGCAGGUGAUGACACGGGCACCCCGUCCUGGACAUUGAGCUCACAUCAAGGCACCUGGGUCCCAAUGUGCUCUGCAGGGGGCAGCCGACGAUACCCCAGAUCUUUUUGGAAAAAUCCUCAGUUCCAGAUGGUUCUGUCUGAGAAAGAUGUGGACGAUUAUGAUUAUGGAGAGGAUGAAGAUGUGGAGGAAGAAGAUGGAGAAGACGAUGUUGUGGUGGCUCCUGUGAGCAAGACUGAGAAACAGCGCGAGAAAAAGAAGAAGUGCACGGUACUGGUGGAGCUUCUCCAGAAAUACCGCAGACAAAAAGAUCAAGUCAACUUUCUCUACAUUGCAUUUCACAUCUACAAGGUUCCCCUUGAGCUGCAGGACAAACCAGGAUCUCUGGACCAGCAGUUCUUCUCCAACAACAGUCCAGUUGCUCGCUCUGGAAAGUACCGUAGCAUUAGGAGCGUGUGGCGGAAGGUGCACCUAGAGCCUGGCAGUUAUGUCCUCCUAGCCUCCACCUACAGGCCCAACCUGCAGGGGGAGUUCUUUCUCCGUGUUUACACCAAAACCGGCAACAUACAGGGGUUCCAGGAUUUCCCCUGCACCAACAACUACUCUGUGAUGGUAAUGUCAAAGCCAGUCCUACCAGAGGAUCAGUUUAGAGUGCAGAAGUGGUUUGAUGAAAAAGCUGGAUCAGAUGACAGAGUGAAUGCUGUGCAGUUCAUGAACCUGGUGAACUCAGUGUUGGAAAAAGACUAUGAACUUCCACUGGAGACCUGCAGACAACUCAUCUUUGGGGAAGACACUGGUGGCAGAGGCCGUCUGAGCAGAGCUCAAGCAGAGAAGCUGCUCCCCUCCCUACGCAAUCUGCAGUCUAUCUUUUUCCAGUUUGAUGAGGAUUCAUCAGGAACCAUGAGUCCGUUUGAACUCAGUUUGGCUCUGAAUGCUGCAGGUGUGGAGUGUGACAAUGUUGUGGUUCAGUUGUUGUGGGAGAGGUUUGGCGCUGGUGAACAAUACCUGCCUUUCAAUGGCUUUGUGUCUUGUGUUGCCAGACUGCAGGUGCUCUUUGAUCUUUUUGAGUCGGAGACCAGCCCAGAGGUGAAGGACAAGGGCAUCAACGCUUGGCUGCUCAAGCUGUUGGCUGUGUGAGCCUGUCCAGAUCCGACACCUCAGCGGGACAGACCUGCUAGGCCAAGACUACUCUGACGUCAUCCACCUGGGCCUACGUCUCCUACAUCUCCUCCUCUUCUAUCUCAUUUGUGAUCUGCGGACCUUUGCCCUGCAGUUGCAUCCACCCACUCACCGCUCCAUCAGUUGGGGUCUAUGACCAUGUAGGUCAUUACCGCCUGGAUACAAAACAGACUUUUGCAUUUCAUCCCCCUCGCCCCACCCUAACACAAUGUGUUUGUGUGUGUGUGUUUGCAUUCGGGAUAAUAUUUUACUAGAAAUAUUUUACUUGUAAAUUAACCUUCUGUCAUCAUUUACUCACUCUCAUAUCACUCCAAACCCAUAUGCUUUUAUUUCUUCAGUGGAGCACAAAAGAAGAUAUUUAGCAGGAUGUCCAAGCUGCUCUUUUACCAUACGCAAUGAAAGUGAAUGGAGACCAGGAACAAUUGUGAUCACCAUUCACUUUCAUUAUUAGAGAAGCUUGGACAUUCUUCUAAAUAUCUCCUUUUAUGUUAUAAAGAAACAAGAAAGUCAUAUGCAUUUGUAAUGAAGGUAAAUGAUGAGCAGGUGACCAAUCUAUAUUUCAAAAGAAUUCUAGCACAUUUAUCCAUUUCAUUAGCAAAGCUGUCAGUUAAUGUUAAUUUAGUGUGAUUUAGCACCAGCAAAUAUUUAUAUGUGAUUAAUCAAAAUAUCAUGCAAUUAACUGGAUUGAAAUUUUGAGUCACUGAUGGCUCUAAUUAUUAGUGAGGCUGUUUUUAUAUAUGUUGAACAUUCGUAUCUGCUUUCAUAUGCUUUUAGAAGUCGAGCAGAGCUAAUGCAUUUAAAGCAGGAGCUGGUUAUUAUGCUCAUGCUUGUAACAAGCAGUCUAAUUGCAUAUUUUUUUCAAUCAUACAGCAUGAGUCGUACUUCCUCCUCUACUUUUUCCCCUCUUAGGAACAUUUAUGUAUCUCUGCUUAAUGACUUCAAAAGUUGAGAGCAUUUUAUGCUUCCAAAUAUAAAACCACAAUCAUAAUCUUUCAUCACGGGGCAUUUCUAUAUUAAAUUUUUUCUGUGCGUAUACCUACACCUCCACACACACACACAUUGUUCAGGAGCGAGAUAGUAGCUGUGGGUAUUAAAAGCGAUGUCUCAGCAGCCCUGCACGCACCGGCUCUAUUCUUAUCACUCUGACGCCACGCACAGCGUCAUCACGCCAUCGCUCCCUCCUCCGCUACGCUCUCCCUGCAUCCCUCCCUCCAGCUCUCUCUAGUAACUGUCUCAUUCUCACAAUCUGCUUCCUCCUCCUCGCGUACCUCGCGUAUGCUUGCUCACACACACACACUCACAGGCUCGUACGCUCUUGUUCUCUCUCCCGCUGCUCCUAUUAAUAGAAACCUUUGCACACACAAUGCAUCCUCCCUGCCAUAAGGUGACCGAACAGAGGUUGCCCCCAGCAACAGUCCAAGCGCCUCUGGAAAGGGCUAGAAAAAGCAGGCACGCAUGUCCGUCAUUGCUCUCUCAAUAACUUCCUCUACCAUAAUUUUCCCGGUUACAUCUUGUACUUUUUAUGCUGUAACCCUUAGUGUAUUCACUUCCCUAAAAGCUGCUCUUGACUUAUCCCUGUCUGCCUGUCUUGCUCUGUUGUCUGUGAAGCGAGCCAGAAUAAUUUUCCAAAAAUACCAGGAUAAAUCCAUUCCCAUUCAUCUCACCAGAAGUAUGCGAUUUGAAGUCUGCCAUCUUUACUCACGGGCACCCAGUACGGCUGCUUGUUCUUUGGACCAAUCACUUGAGCCGCAAUUGCCAUGUGACUAAUCACUCUUGAUUUAAUUGGCUGAUGGCGACACAAGAACGCUCACAGUCCCAAAUCCUUGGAAGUUGGCAUUACAGUCAGCAGAGAAAACUAUGUCUGUUUUACGCUUAUAAGAGCCUUCCGGAAAAACAUUACCUAUAGUGAAAUAAUGGGGAUAUACACACUAGGGAUGUGCAUGUCCAUAACUGAGGCCGAUGCGAUACACAUCUCGAUGCAUAGCCAACGAUAAAAUACAUUAAAGGUGCUGUAUGUAGGAUUGACACUGUGUGGUUGAACUAGGUAUUGCAGUCCAAAUUCAAAAUAUCGGAAAGGUUUUUUUUCACCCGGCCCCUCCUCCUCAGACUUGACACAUGCAGGUUGCCAUAUUGAUGACACCAACAGGAACAAGUGCACUUGACGAUGAAUGAAAUGAAAUACGCUGUAUUUUCUGCCACCUGGUAACCCCAGUUGCCGAAAUACAAUUGGGUAAACAAGCAGUGGGCGGGUUUCACAAACCAAAACAAAGACCGGCAUUCCGGCCCGGAACGCACAUUUUCAAAGGAGAAUAACUGACUGUAGCAUUGUUUUUCAGAUAAACAAUUAUGUUAACUUAGCAUGUUUCUUAAAUAUCUCCAAACAUAUUAUGCUAUUUUUAUGCUUUAGUAGAGACAAAAUCUUACAUACAGCACCUUUAAAGAUACAGUAACUGAUGCGAUGAGAUAUGAUUCACCCCUAUUACGAUGCAUUGUGAACUGAUUUCGAUUUGAUUCAAUACAAUGUGACUCAAUGCAAUAUGAAGCAAUGGGGGAAAAAAUAUGAUGCUAUGCAAUUUAAUAUGGUACGCUUUUAUUUCUUUGGUCCAGACAGAGAGCAAAUCAUAAAUUAAGUGCCUUCUGGCUUCUAAUGAAUUGUGUUGUUAUACGUCAUAUUCAUGUAGCAGCAGAGGUGAUGAGAGAAUGUGCUUGAGAAACAGUUUAGAGAGGAGAAAUCAAUCUACAUAAAAAAUAUUGGUCACAAAUUAUUGGUCACUUUCUAAAUAAUAAAAGUAUAGCACUACUAUCUACUAAUAAUUAUAUAUAAAUAAAAUGUUUUUUACCAAUGCAAGUGUGUUCGAAAUUAUGCAUUGCAAUACAAAUGCCAAUUUGUAUCCGAUGCAUACUUUUUUAAAUCGAUGCAUCGCAUUGCUAACUUUUAUGCUGAUGCACCGAUGUGAAUAAGUGAAUCUUGCAUCCCUAAUACACCUAAUUUUUAAAAGGCCGUCAAUGAAGAAAGAUGCUUUUUGGGUCCAGAUAGUAUAUAACUAUUUCACAUUUCCUAAGGUCUUAGAAGCAGAAGUCAUUAUUUUUGGAUAAAUAUAGUUGCAAAUGAAAACUACAACAAAUCUAAUUUUUGCUUUCCCAUUUGCUCCAAUAGCAAAA